GUUCGUUGGCUGUGGCCUACGCAAAAAUUAAACCUUCGACAUAUGAGGAACUUACUUACUGUCUAAUAUUCGACAGCUAUAACUUAUAAGCCCUGAAACUGGAUAUUGUGUGUAGACAACUUGAAAGCCACAGUAUCUCAUCAAGUCACAAGAUACAGCUCCAGACUUUAUUUUCAGAACGUUAGAUCUACAUCUAUCUGCCAAUCACUGCCACAACUUCACAAGCAGCCACUGCUGAGCAGCGAGCGACACAGUCGGAACGAACGGUUGACAGCUCCUAGAGGAAGAAUGAUACAGCAGGUGACCGGCAUCUGUUCAAGUUGAAUUAUGAAACCAGUAUAGAUUCAUCGCUAUUACAUGUACCUUUGAAUCUCAAAGGGAAGGUGUCACAAAGUGUCCAAUGAUGGAUUCUACCUGUCUGUCGGAGAGAUUAGAGAUGAAUGGUGAGAAGGGACCUGUCACAGAAGAAAUUGAGCAGGAAUGUAAGGAGUUUAUUGAGAAUCUAGUGGAUAGGAUAUUCAAUAAUAGUUCAACUAUUGUGCAAGAGGACAAUGCCAAGUUCGGAAUAUAUUCGAGAACACCAGAAGGAAGAGCAUUAUUUGCCAAACUGGUUGAUUCACAACGGGUCAAUACUAAACGGGUCUCUGAACAAACAUUUUAUCGACUUGUCCAAUUUUUUGCACUGUGCCUGUUUGAGUGUAAUGAAGCUGAUGAUUUCCGCCCUGCCAAAUGUCUCAUGAAUAUGAGCUUCACGUUCUUCCAUUAUUCAGAAGAAGUGGAGGAUAGUACUCAGGAUGUUAUUACACCAAAUUCUGAUGAAGCGAUCGAUUCGAUAAAUGGUGGCAACAAUAAUGCACAAGGGUCGCCUUCAAAUCCAAAGCCUCCAAAAGUAAAGAGCUUCCUUUAUACUCAUCUCAAAGAACAACCAAUUUGGAAAUGCCAAAGAUUCUGGAAUGCAUCCUUCUUUGAGUCAGUACAUCAUGAGAGAACACAACAGUCGCCUGAUGGAAGAAGAGGUCACUGGAGGCAUAUGAGUUCUGAGGAACAGGAGCUGGCAGAAAUCAUGGAAGAGAACAUCACGUUUGGUCAGCUAGCGACCUUCUUGCACAACAUGAUGGCUCUAGGUCUGUCAGAAGAGUUCACAACAAGGUUCCUAGACAAGAUGGGUGUGAUUGGAAACAUUACUCGAGAUCAGUACGAGAUGCUGUCGGCCAACAUCACAUCGCACUUCAAAGCCGGCAAGGAGCCCAGACGAUGGUCUGUGAGCAACCUAGGUACACCUAUCAGACAGAGACUAAGCAGUCUUAUGAAGCUACCUAGCUUACACUGACAUCAAAAAGACAUUAGACUCAGCAGAGCCGUGCUUGCCUAAGACAUUCCUGCCAUAGCAACAUGAAGGAUUUCCAGAUUGCGAUCCUGUUAUAGCAUCAAGAGCCAUCUCUCUGCAAGUGGAGCUGGGUCAACUUGGUCUUUAAAAUACUUUUUAAGGCCUUUGAUAUGUAUAGGCCUACUUGCACUGUCUUCUCAAAAUGAAUUAGCAAGUGUUAAAAGGAAGACAGUAUUAAUGGUGAAUGUGCUCAGUGAAGUAUAUUCAUGUAGAGGGAAUGAAGAAUUGAAAAUUGUGCUGUUUUUGUGUACUGUACUUGCCACUUUCACAAAUUAUUAACUCAAAUCACAACCAUGCAAAUCAGUGUGACUAAUGAUUAUGCAACUCAAUAGUAAACCAAUACAGCUCAAAGAGGCUUACAAAGUGUCCAGAUUUUAAAAGAGAGUUUGCAAGCAUGAUGGCAAUAGAACUAAUUUUAUGUGAAGUGUGCUGAAAAAUAAAGCAGCAAAGCUUAACAUACACUUGAAACCAAAAUAUGACCAUGUCUCCCCUCCCCUAAAUGAUUUUCGUUGGCUCCAUGUUAAUAAUUGUAUCAAAUUUAAGACCUCAACUCAAACUUAUAAAUGUGUUAAUAGUCAAGCCCCAACAUACAUAGCCGAUCUAAGUUCAUCAUUUUGUAUAAUUUUUUUUUACUUUUAGACCCCUAUUUUGUGUUUUCAUGUUUUCUUUCUUUGUUCAAUGUGCUUUGUAUCUCAUGAGAAGAAGCUAUAUAAAUGAAAUGUGUUAUUAUCAAAAGUGCUCUGUCACAAUAAAAUGAACUCAAUAUAUUAAUACAUGGUAAAGACAAUAUUCCUGACUCAAAGCUUGAUCAAUACAGGCCAGUACUGCUGUUUGAAUUACAUAGGACGAUGCUGUUCAAAAAUAUUUUUGGUGAAAAUGCCCAGAUUUUAAAGUGGGAAUAGAAACUGGUCAUUUGAUCAAUUAGGUAUUAGUGCUAUUUGGAAAAUGCUUGCCAUGCUAAUCUCAGGCUAACAAAAAGCAACUCAAUGUGUUAUGUAACUCAGAAACUAAGUGUUCAGUGUGAAACCUUACUGAUCAGGAGAGUUCUAGAUAUGGUUAUGCAGUUGUGUUGCAGAUGUGAAAAAAUGUCCAGAUUUAAAAAGAGUAUAAAGCUGGCUGUUAAAUUGAUUAGGUGUCUGUGCUGUUUGAAUUGUGCUUACCGCAUGAUUACAAAAAUCAACUGAAUAUAUUAUAACUCAGAAACUACUUGCUUAAUGCAUAGCAUUACAGCUAAAAAUAUUUUAUAAUGUUUAUAUUAUUAAAACAGGUUUGAAAAGAGAUAUGAAAGACAGGUUACCACCUGUAGGGUACAUAAAGCUGUUUGUAAUGCACAACUUUUUACAUGUGAGUUUGCUCAAGCUACAAGCACAAACAUCACUUUGCUAAAUAACUUGGGAUGAAGCCCCAUCAAUAUUGUAAAGUAUAUAUAUCUAGUUGGAACAUAGAUAAUAUUAUAUACAAAUAUUAGUGAUCAGAUGUUGUUAUAAUAUGCUUGAGAAAUGAAAUGGGAGAAGGUAUACUUACAGUUUUAAUGAUAAAAUUGAUUUUACAUGCUCCAAGAGCAAUAUGAGGCAUUAGUAUCAAGCAUUGUGAUAGUGCAGUGGAAGUAUGAAUGAAGUCAUACUCGUGCUUUUUUUGUCAUAUUUGUUUACCGUCAUUCAAAAUUAUAGUGUUGAAGGAUUGAUUUGAACAAAGAGAUAAAGACUAAUCAAGCAUAUAUGUAGCACUGAAAAUUUCAUCAGUCAAAUAUGAAUCAUAAUCUGGGGAGCGUUCGUGAAAGGACUUGUUGGACGUUUCAUCCGACAAGUCUCGUUUUAUCCGACAGUUACCAUAGUAACAGUGCCUCUCAGCCAAUCAGAAUCAAGGAAAGUUGUCAGAUCUGACAACUUGUCGGACAAAAAUGUUGAUGAAACGCUCCCCAGGAUUCAGUGUUCUAUUUGUUUGUGUAUUUUCUUUUCAAAUUGACUUGGUGUGCAUUGGAUGGACUUGGCAUUUAAAAUAUGUCUAGUUCUUGGUUUGCUAUGCUUAAUGUACUAAUAGUGUGUAAACUUAAAGCUAAGUUCGAGUUCUGGUAUCGAAAGCUAAUUUUGAUAGGAAAUGGUUGGAAGCCAUCCUUAAAGUGCUUAUCAUAUGGCAGAAUGCUUACACAGGAAACAACCUGCGAGAUCUCUAAUCUCCAUUUAUUCAUUACUCUCUAGUAAUACAUUUUCCCCAAAACCGUUUGGCAGAUAUCAUUUGUAGUUUAUGUAAUUCUGUGAACAUCUUAUUUUCUCUUGUUACGAGUACCAGAGUUUAUCUCUUUUUUUGCCUUACCUAGAUGUACUUAACCACAAAUGUAGAAAUUCAGAUGAAUCGUGCAAUAUAGAUAAUUGUUUUUUUUUAUUGGUUGUAUAGCUGUGUAGGAACCAAUUGCAAAUUGUAUUCUAGCUUCUUGGCAAUUCCAUGAAAUAGUCAAUCUUUGGGUACGUCCAACCUCCAUUAUAGGGGGGUCAAUCUUACUGCACUUAUCGAACUGCUCCAGACAGAGUAAUUGAUAGCGUUGCAACUUAUUAAAUGAACUAGAAAACAUAGACAAUUUAUUUUAGGUUAGGAAGUUGCAUGUACGUGUUUUUAUGUAAUUAACCCUUCUGUAAAUAGUUGCGUUGUAUUUUAUAAUCCAUGAUUUAUUUUAUUUUAGUAUUCAGUAUGUUCUAUUGGGAUGGUGAGUGUAAAGAGCUUUGUCAUAGGACGUCCAGUAAAGGUUGCCAAGGUUUUGCUGAUAAAAUAACAUCCAGGUUUAAAAACAAAAACACAUUCUCUACUAUCAAUGUCCAAGUUGGAUUUAUUGGUUUUGAAAUAUCCUCAAAAGUUAUACCAUGGGUUUUAGGACAGCCAAUAAGCUAAAUCUGUAAGAUUUUUUUUUUCAUAGAUUAUAAGCAAUAUGAAUAAGAUCCAUAACAAGCUAGAUUUCCUUGAGGAGAGAAUGUUUACUUACCAUGAUAUUUGGCUGUUAUAGUAGGGUAUAACAGUAUUACAUAUUUUAUAAAAAGUGCACAAAAGAUGUGCUCUAAUAUAGUCAACUCCUUUUGUUUCUAUAUUAUUGUUUCUUUAUUAUAGUGUGUAGUUGCUCAACUUACAAUAUAUGCAUUCUGAAAUAGCUUUAGGUCUUCAUAUAAUGUUCCAAUAGUACAUUUAAAUAUUUACUUGUCAGCAAAUGGCCACCAUUUAAAGCUAACAUUACAAGAUAUUUAAUAUUUAAUCAGUACAAGUUGAAAUCAAUGCAUGUUUCAUAUUUAGUUAUUGUCCCAGAUAUAUAUGUCUUAUGUACAUGGGAAACUAGACUGGGACCAUGUUAGUUGCUGUAAUGACAUAGUCUUAAAAACCAACUUACUGAAGCUUUUCGACAAGCACUCAUCGGAGUAAAAUCGCAUGAAUGACUAGAACGCUAGAGCGAAACAAUAUAUAAUAGAACCGUAAGAGACAAAGUUACUAUAGUUGUAACUCUCUAUGACUUGGGCGUCAGGUUGUAAUUCACAUUCAUGUGUAUAAAAAGUGAGAGAUGGUAACUAUAUGAGCGAUAGGGAUCACCGCCAAUGGGUAUUGUACAUCGAGGAGGCAGGUGUCAACCAUGGGUCUAACUGCAGCGUCAUCAUAGACACAUUUCAGAAAGGCAUUAAAAUUCUAGAGCUGCAAGUCUAGCGUGGAUUAUGACUAUUAUAUGACUUGCACAUGGCUUAACAUUCAAUGAUGGAUAAUGCGAUUCCCUAUAUUUAAUCAAUUUCAAAUCAAUAUUCACUGUGCUACCAAUAUUAUGAAUGAGUCUGAAAAAUCCCAUUAUAAAGAGAGUUUUAAAAAAUUAUGUAUUCUCGCGACCUUCAUUGAUCUGUGAUAUCGUCAGGAUUGUUUGUGAAUUAAAGCAGUUUAUUCAGAUGGGUCAUUUUAUUUCGCAUGGCCUUUCAUUUUCUACAGAAGAGGAAAGUUAUCUUGUCAAAUCACAUUUCCUUCCUUUGUAUUUAUCGACUUUUGCAUGGAACAGAAUGUCGCCCUCUUCUUUCAGAUCUUUUAUUUGCUGUUGGAAGAAUUACAGUGUAGUAAAUUUGCUUUUCCCUUUUAAACAAUCAUUCAUACAUGUAUACAGUGUGAUAAGAAAUACAUGAUAUCAGUGUAUGACAUGCUUGUAAGAGCAAUUUUUUUUUUUUUGUACAUAUGAUUUUUAAUCUAACUUGAAAAGUGAAGAGAAAAAAAUGUCCAUUACUAUAUUAAAAUAACUAGUUCAGUGGUAUUUCAUUUUUUUAGUCACAUCCCUCUCAUGUCCCUGCAUGUUCUAAUUUCUCAAGCCAUAAUGUUCCAGCAAAACAAAAACAACAAAAUGAAUAUUUCAUGCAUGGUUGUUGCUUGCAGAGCAAUAAAAUUGUUGAAUAUGUUUGAGUUUAUUAUGUAUGGAGUUCAAUACAAGUGCAAUAUGGGUAUAAAAUUACUGUGUCAUCUCAUCAUUUAGUUUCAUCCAAAUUACCAAAUUGAUAUUGUGUAUUAACAGUCUCUCUCUCACCUUUUAUCUAUGUUUUAUAUAUGUAUGCUGUAACUGUACAUAAACAUUGUAAUAGUGGAAUCGCUUUAUUGCAUUUCUUCUUUUUUUUGUCAAUCAAUUUUGUAGAUUUCAAUCAAUUUGUUUCUAUAUAUUCCUUAGAGCAACGAUUUGAAUGAUUUCCCCCUUAAAAAAACGUAUAUGUAUUUUACCCCUAAGAUUCCAGAUUUAUUUGGAUUUUAAAGAAGAUAUCUUGCCUAUAUUUUAUUCAUCUAUCUAUUCAUUUUAGGUGAUGAUACAGCUCAUUAAAAAAUUGAUGUAUGUCUGUUUGUGGCUCUAUCUACAGAAAAAAAUAAAUGUUUGAAAUUGCCC